CCAGCACGGUCACACUGAGACUGACCUGAGGACAACGUAGCUGGAGAAGAUCACAAAUUGCAGCGCACGAGAGGAGUGGCCGUCGGUGACGAAGUGAUCUCAUCCAAUUGUGAGCAGGAGCGGCGGAGCCAUGACAAUGGACACUACCGCCCUGCCGUCGGAGUUGCUCGUGACCCCACAGCCGCUGGUUGGCUUCUGUGGGCUAGACACGGCACGGGUAGCGGUGCACAAGGCCGUUUGGGAGGCGUUUAGCGGCAGUCUGCAGCGCAAGGCCGCUGACCGAGCAGCGGUACAAUAUAAGCUGCUGCCGCCCAACUACGAGUUUCCCGUGGCCAAACCGAAACGGGCCUCCUAUGAGUGGUACCACCCAAAAGGAGUACUGAAGCGGAACUGGAUGCUCAAGCACCUGCACGUCUUGCCCUCAGUGGUGGUGCUCUUUCAGGACAUGGAGUGGAAUGACCUUCAAUGGACCGAGAAGCAGGUGCAGUGUGCAAGCUUUGUGCAGACCCUUAAAAACGCACUUCAGGAGCGGAACACCCGGCUUUGUCUAGUGCUACUGCAAAAGGCGGCGCCUCUUCCACCUGGCGAGGAUCUCUUGGCUGCAGAGCGGGCUGCCAGCCUGACCAACGCCUGCGGAAUAACCAGCAAGAUGCUGUUCAUACUCCCUCACACCGAGCACCUCACAGGAUACGCCCUGCGUCUAGAGUCUGCCUUUCUGGACAUGGCUCAGUCCUACUACGCACUUAUGUCCAAGCGGAUACGCAACCAUCGUGAUCAGCUGACAGCGGCGCACACCUCGCUCAAGAUUCGGCAUCAGUUUAAGCUGGGUUUCGUGGCGGAGAUACGACAGGACUUUAGCACGGGACAGAAGCACUACUUUCAGGCGUAUGCCAAUCUGGACGAAAUACGCAUCAACGACGGCAAUUGCCUGGAGAUUAAAACUCUUGCUGGGUUUUUAAACUACAAAAUCUGCCGACUUAUGUUUAAGCUAAAAACUCCCAGGGAUGCCAUCAAUCAGUUCAUCAUCCAUGUAGAGAAGUACAAAUCUCGAGUGGGUUUCAAGGAUCUGGCCUUUGAGCACCAUGCCUGGCUGAGCACGCAACACUCUGUAUUUGCUGAGCUAUUUUGCGAGGCCAUCAAGAACGGACUGCCCGCCCUGCAGACGCAGCACCCUGGUAUCUACUACCACAAGGCGGCUGAGUACGUAAUGAAGCGACGGGAUGCCGCACUGGAGGCCUACACUGCAAUGCAGUCCGCUGCAGAAGUUACGCCCGCCACUAAUCAGAAUCCCCUGUCGCUGUACACCGAGUUUUUUGGCAUCCGGGCGGUGAAAACUGGUGAUCUGAUGGCCGAGCAGCAGGCUACAAUGCAGCUUUGUGACCAGGAGCGCAGCUUCAACCAUUCGUCCAGCAUUAUAGGUCUCCUCAGCCAGGCCAUGGCCCAGUUCAAAAUCUACAAGUGCCUCAGGUUUCGCAAGAAACUAGCGAUUGACAUGGCGGAGGAGUACCUGAAAAGCGGGGAUCAUGCCAAGGCCUUGACUUUGUAUUCCCUUAUGCUGCCCGAUUAUCGUCAGGAGAAAUGGUCUACGAUAUUCACCGAUGUUCUGCUGAAGACUCUUCGUUGUGCUUUGCUUUCGGGAUCUGUAACUGAUUACAUUGCUUGCAGCGUUGAAGCUCUUUCACUGAAACAUCAUGGUGAGCGCGCCGAGCGGACUCUACUGCUAGAAAACCUGUGGCAAGUUUUUCAGGGCGUGCCGCCUGUUCCGAAAAAUGAGCUAACGCCCGAGGCCCAAGCGCUGUGGACCAGCGCGCUGGCCACCGUAAAAUCACCCAUUCAAAUCGAUCUAGAUAAGGUCAGCGACGUGGUGGAAAUGUGUGCCACAUUUGAGCGAGUUCAGCUGAACAACGACGACCUACUACAGCUCCAAUUGAUAGUGCGUGUGCUCACGGACGUGCCUUUGGGGAUACGCAGCUUCCAUGUGAUUCUAGCCGAUGCGGCGAAUCCGCAGAACAGCUACAAACUGGAGGCCCUCAAGUUCUUCUGCUUUCCCAGCCUCACCCAGCUGCGGGGCCAGAAUCAGCCGCAGGAACCGCUCGAAAAGCAGCGCUAUGAACCCAAAAACUUUGAGAAGAACAUGAGAUUAGAGCCGGGCUCCUAUUACCAGCUAUUUUGCAGUACCGAAGCGCAGCAGUUCCAGGAAAACACUCAGCUGCGCAUUGUUCGGUUAGAGGCCCACAUGGGCACCGACCAGGUUGCUGCCCUUCUCACCUGCAGCUCCAACUACUCACGCCAUCUCUUCCGACACCACACGCGCAGCCGAGAUCUCGACGACAACGUGACGAUCAAUCCCAUUUGCUACAUUGCGCCCACUUUCCACCUCGACACGCAAACGAACCUUGGCCAUGGACAUGAAAGCGGUUUGGAUGAGGAAGCGGCUUUGGUGGCCACGCGAAUGCUGGUCAACGAGUACUAUCCGGUUGUGACCACCGUCAGCAAUCCGUACAAUAUUUAUCUGCAGAACGUGGGCGUGCACAUUAGUGUUCCCGCAGGUUUAAGGAAUAGUGUUUUCCUUACGACGGACAUCUCGCCGGGACGCCAAAAGCUCCACGCCCAGAUCCAAAUCGACGUGGGCGAGCUGUCCGCCCACGGAAGUACUACGGCCACCUUCUACAUCUUCAGCUUGGCGGAGGCGGAGAUCAAGUUGCAGCAGAGGUUGAGCUACACCUUGGACGUUGAUCGCGGCCAGGGUGGAGGAGGUUCCACCCCUGCCCGGGUUAGUACUACUCCGAAUAGCUCAGAAUCUACGCCCGAUCACGAGGUGAAGGGUGUUGCCCAGAGCCUGGCUGCGAUUUCCCCGGUGCAGAUCGAGUACCUGGACGAGACGAGAGUGCGCAAGUCGCGGGAGGACACUCUCACAGUUCAAUGCUACGGGGACUUUAGGUUUUCGGCCCGAUUUUACACGCUGGACAGAAAGCCGCUGAACCAGGUGUAUCGAGGGGAAAACUUUCUGUUGAGAGCCAACACCGAAGUGGUGGCUGUAGACGAUGUGGAGAUACUGGACAGCUUCUUUAUAUGUGAUCACAACCUAGUGCAAUCAAACUACAGCUUUAAGCGGAAGAAAUACACCAAUAAGUACAGUGCAGGCGAGCAGCUGGAGAGCGUGAUAGUCCUGCGGACAAAUGCCACUCUUAAGGACUGGACAACUGCUCGGGACUUAGAUCACCGGGGCAAGCUAGAGGGCAAGGCAGUGGCCAGUAAGUUCAGCAGGGCGUCAGUGAAAAGUUCUGCAGAAGAACCCAUUGCUCCUACGCCGCCGGCCGGAAUGAGUGCCUACAUAAGCAAGAGUCUGGUGACCAAGAUUCCCACCACCAUGACCAUAAUAAACAGCAACUCGGCAGUUUCCGGCGCUCUUCAGGUCGCCAACGCGGGUGUGAUGAGCAGUUCCAUCCAGUCGGACGAGGUCAAUGUGGCCGAGGAUGCACUCAGUACCCAAGAGGGCCUGAAGACCACUCGUCUCGUCUACAACAAGGCCCUGGAAGCCGUGCAGGGAACGGGACACUGUCGCGGCUUCAUCAAGGGCAUCUACACCUUGGAGGCGAAUCCAUCCUCCGUCCCCAUCUUCGGAGUGUUCUGCAUCCGCUGGCGGAGGGCCAAUGGCAAGGAGGAGAACGAGUCGAAGUUUGUGAUAAGCGGGCUUGACAUCGCGGAGCCACCGCUCAACAUCUACUGCACCAUUGAAGAGAAGAUGUUCGUGAAGAUGCCCAUUGCCUUUAAGGUGGUGCUUAAGAAUCCCACCUCGCACGUGGUCCACCUGAUAGCCAACCUAAGCAUCAGCAAGACCGAUAACUUUAUUUGCUCCGGCCACAAGCAGCUGGACAUUUCCAUAAUGGCCUUCGAGGAGAAGGAGCUGGUCUACAACCUGUAUCCCCUGCAAGUCGGCUGGCAGGAGCUGCCGGUGUUGAGUUUGGAGUACAACACAAAGGCGGAUCCGCAGAAGAACGACAUCCAGAACGCCUUGCUCGACGAACUGGUGCAGCGAGCCCUGCCGAAACGAGUCUUUGUGCUGCCACCCCUGAAGCAACAGAACAAGUAGCGAUGAACCGGCGAUCAAGCUUAAUAUAAGUGUUUUAAAGUUUGUCACUGGUCUGUAAAAAUGAACUACGCCUACUCCCUCUUUAUUGCUAACAACAAGUAUCCAUAACAUUAAUAGCUAGAGUUAGAGAGUUACAUAGCAUAAUACUUGAGAGUGUGUGUGAUUGUAUUGUAUAAUGUAUUGUUAAUCGGGCCAAGACGCACUCGACAUUCUUGUUAGUUGAUUACGGCGUUUUAGGUAAGCUGUGCUAAUCCUGGUCAGUACCGCAAGUUGCACAUAUUUUCGUACAUCCUUUGAACGUACAGUAAUAAAUCAUAUAAAUAUCGUUAAAAGACAA